AUGUCCAGGACCCUCGACGCCCCCAUCCACCAGCCCUUCUACCAAUUCACCAACGAAAAUUGGGAACCAGUCAACCCCGAUGCAACCACCACCACUAAAGCUAAACCCCUCCACAUCCUCCACCUAGCAACAUGGAACAUCGACUACCGCGCGCCCUGCCCGGAUAAACGCAUGACAAAAGCCCUCCAAUACCUUUCCACUCUCCACAACAUCUUUAGCAACACCACUAGCAACACCACCAGCAAUAGCAGCAGCACCUCCCCAUCCAUAAUCUUCCUCCAGGAAAUGAUCCCCUCCGACCUAGAUCUCAUCCAACAAACGCCCUGGAUUCGCAUCCACUUCUACAUCACCGACAUCUUGCACGAGGAACGACAGCAGGGAUCUUCAUGGAGGGUAUGCCCGAACUGGCGUUCCAGGUACGGUACCACCGCAUUGAUCGAUAAACGAGUGGGCGUGAGACGGGUGUUUCGAGUACUGUAUUCAACGUCGAAGAUGGGACGGGAUGCGCUGUUUGUUGAUGUUUCGAUUAACGGCAAUGCCAAUACCAAUGCCACUACCGAUAUCCAAAGUCAGGAUCAGAUGGGAGAGGAUGGUAGGCACGGGAUAGAAGAAGAAGAAGAAGAAGAAGAAGCAGGGGCAGAGACAGGGAAACCCGAAACCUCCAUCCUCCGGCUCUGCAACACCCAUUUAGAAAGUUUUACGUCCAAUCCCCCGAUUCGACCAGUCCAGCUACGUCUAGCGUCUCACUUCAUGCGUGGACGUGGGCCUAAGCAUACAGGGUUUGUGGAGUCGAGGGAAGAUCCAGAGCUUCCCAUUCCCCAUGCGGCGAUUCUAGCGGGUGAUUUAAAUGCCUUUGCACCAGAGGAUGAGACAGCGCCGGAGGAGUGCGGACUGCGAGAUGCGUUUCUCGAGCUAGGGGGACAGGAGGGGUCCGAGGAAGGGUUUACAUGGGGUCAGCAGAUGGCGGAGUAUGAGAGGGGUGAGUUUGGGUGCAGUCGUAUGGAUAAAGUGCUAUUCUGCGGAGAAGUGGAAGUGCAGAGUCUGGAGAAGAUCGGGUCUGGGGAAAAAUUUUGGAUCGAGUAUCCUGAGGAGUCGGAUUCUGAGGAGUCGAGUGAGACGGGGGAGGAUUUGUGGGUGACGGAUCAUAUUGGCUUGCAAGCGGUGUUUCGAAUUGUGGGAUAA